CCCGGCGACCCUUCUCUCCCUACCCCUGCCCCCCGAUGCUGUACGCCCCCUAACGCUGCCCCGACCCCAGCCCCCGCCGGGACGAUGGUGAAGUAUUUCCUGGGGCAGAGCGUGCUCCGGAGCUCCUGGGACCAAGUGUUUGCUGCCUUCUGGCAACGUUAUCCUAACCCCUACAUCGUGCACCGGGAGGUGACUGCCGACCAGAAGCUGCUGUCCAGGCGGCUGCUCACAAAGACCAACAGGAUGCCCCGCUGGGCGGAGCGCUUCUUUCCUGCUAAUGUAGCCCACUCAGUGUAUAUCCUCGAAGAUAUCGUGGACCCACAAAACCAGACCAUGACCACUUUCACUUGGAACAUCAACCAUGCCCGGCUGAUGGUGGUGGAGGAAAGGUGUGUUUACUGUGUGAACCCUGAAAACAGUGGCUGGACUGAAAUCCGACGGGAGGCCUGGGUCUCCUCCAGUUUGUUUGGGGUCUCCAGAGCUGUUCAGGAGUUUGGCCUAGCCAGAUUCAAAAGUAAUGUUACCAAGACCAUCAAAGGCUUUGAAUACAUCUUGGCCAAACUGCAAGCUAAGGAAGCAACUGAGAAGGCAAAGGAAACUGCUCUGGCAGCAACUGAGAAGGCCAAGGACCUGGCCAGCAAGGCAGCCACCAAGAAGCAGCAGCAGCAGCAACAACAGCACUAUGUUUAAAAGCGUCACCCUCCUGCUUCCCCUGCAAUAAAAAAGGCUCUGCUGCCCUCCCAGAGCGCCCCAAGGCUGAGAGCUUCCUAGCAUUGGGCCCGGAGCCCAGCCCCUGAACAGACCAUCAGCACAACACAAACCCGCAGACAAUCCAGCUUUUGUCUCAUUACCCACCCUGUGUCCAAGUUGUAAUUUAUCAUUAAAAAUCAAUUUUCAGUCCUGUCAAAAAAAAAAAAAAA